AUGGAGUUGAUUGAUACAACAGUUUUUCGUGGAGUACAGAAUUUUGAUGUCGAGAGAAAAAAACGCCUAUUAACUGAGAACGUUUACAUGAGCAACAUAUUGGUCUCUUUAAUGCUCGAAUGCGGACGCUUGGAGACUUUCACGUGUACUGUGUCAUUACCUCGUCUCAAGAUCCUGUAUCUUGAAGACAUUUGUGUUGAGAAGGAUCUCCGCGUGCAGUCUAAGACUCUAAAAAUAUUUCGUCUCGUGCUUGAGAAAACUCGGGGUGCUAAAAAUUCUUCUAUUGAGAUUGAUGCUCCAAGAUUCGUGUAUAUGAGUCUUAGAGAUCACCAAUCUGUUAGGAUUUUGGUGAAGAAAUUGAGCUCCUUGUUCAUGGUCGAGAUUGAUAGUACACCUACAGUCAGUUCCAGUCCUUUUGAACCAUUGUUUUCAAGGAACAAAGAUGCUAUGAGUAAUUUGUUUCGUGGGUAUGUCUGGUGUAUGACAUAUGAUCAUUGCUCAUUCUACUCUUGA